GCUGACGGCCAUGCUGUUUUUCGUUUCGCCCUGAUUGGCCCCGGAUUUGUUUAUUUUGAAGUGGAGUCCAAAGCAACGUGUGGAUUUCUGCCCCGCGUUGUCAUUUGCCCAGGGAAACAAACCCUAGGCGAAACCAAAGCAUCCCCUUGAGAAUCCCUCGAUAUCUCACUCAUCCGUGGAUUAAAGCACAUAUCUCGGCCAAUACAUUAUGGGCCGAAAAGGAAACUUUCAAGAGCGUGUCAAAUCCGGACCGGGUCGGAAGACCAAGAAACAAGCAGAUCCCACGUUCGCCCCCGAAAUCUUGGAGGCCAAAAAUGCCCCAACCCAAACGCUCAAUUUGAGUCGGCGACAACGAACCCGAGUCAAGAAACGCGAAGAGUUAAAGAGCCAGCUCAAGACGCGUGGGGCCAUACCCACCACGGCCAAGGGCAAGAAAAGGGCGGUCAAGAUCCCGCAAUCGGAUGACGAUUCCGAUGAUGAGAACCUGGAUAAUGAGGACGAGGAAAUGGAGGAUGGGGGAAAUUUGAUAGGUUAUUCGGAUGAGAACCAGAAAUGGCUCAAACCGGUGGCUGAGACGCUGAAGCGCAAAUUCGGUGACUAUCAUUCAGAUGAAGAGGAAGAUGGCGAGGACGAAGAACUCGAGGACGAAGAAGACGACGAUUUAAUGCCAGAUUCUUUUGCAAACAGCGACGAGGAUGACGAUGACGGCGACGGCGACGAGAAUGAAGAGGGAGACGAAGAGGGAGACGAAGAGGGAGACGAGGAAGAAGGGGGUAGCGAUGAGGAUGAGGCCAUGUUGCCCAUCGAAAGAGAGGCCAAGAAGAUGGAAAAGAAGCAAAAGAAGUUGCAAAAGAUCGCCCAGAUGGACAUGGAUGAAGCCAUGUUAUCCAAUCAGCCUCAUGAAGCCAUCACGUUGCCUACUGUCUUAGAACUAGCCGAAGAAGCCGCCAAGCCACCUGAUCUACACAUCCUUCAAACUCGAAUGAAGGACAUCAUCAACGUUCUGCAGAACUUUUCCAAACUCCGUGAAGAGGGCCGAUCUCGGGAAGAGUAUCUCGAGUGUCUCAAGCGCGAUUUGUGUCAAUACUACAACUACAACGAGUUCAUGAUGGAAAAGUUCAUGCAAAUCUUCCCGGUCAGCGAAAUUAUGGAGGUAUUGGAAGCCAACGAAGUCCAACGUCCCGUCACCAUUCGUACCAAUUCGCUGAAAACUCGACGACGUGAUCUAGCCCAAGCUCUCAUUAAUCGUGGUGUCAACUUGGAUCCCGUGGGAAAAUGGUCGAAAGUGGGGCUAGUGGUUUACAGUUCCCAAGUUCCCUUGGGAGCCACUCCGGAGUACUUGGCUGGUCAUUACAUUCUUCAAGGAGCUUCCAGUUUGUUGCCCGUUAUGGCCUUAGCACCGCAAGAAAGCGAGCGAAUCUUAGACAUGGCCUCUGCCCCCGGGGGCAAGACCACGCAUAUUGCGGCUUUGAUGAAGAACACGGGUCUCCUGGUAGCCAACGAUGCCAACAAAGAGCGCACCAAGGCUGUGGUGGGCAAUGUCCAUCGUCUGGGCAUCACCAAUACCGUGAUUUGUUCCCAAGAUGGUCGCGAAAUCCCCAAGAUGAUGAAAGGCUUCGAUCGCGUUUUAUUGGACGCACCCUGUAGUGGCAGCGGUGUGAUCUCCAAGGAUCCAGACGCCAAGGCCAAGAAAGAUCAACGUGAUAUCAAAGUGGUGGCCAAUCUGCAGAAGGAGCUCAUCUUGGCAGCAAUUGAUGCAUUGGAUGCCAAAUCCAAAACCGGAGGGUAUUUAGUGUAUUCCACGUGUUCCAUUCUGCCCGAGGAGAAUGAAAACAUUGUGAAUUAUGCUUUGGGCAAACGACACGUCAAGUUGGUCCCUGCCGGGGUGGAUUUUGGAGUGGAAGGAUUCACCAAGUACCGCGAGUUUCGGUAUCAUCCUAGUUUGAAACUGACCCGACGCUUUUACCCGCAUACCCACAAUAUGGACGGAUUCUUCGUGGCGAAGUUCAAGAAGCUCUCCAAUGCCAUUCCCCAGACCCAUAACAACAAGGCGGACGAGUCCGAGGCAGAAGAAAACCAAGAUGACGAGGUCCCUGACAAGCAACAACUGAAAAAGAAAGAGCGCAUAGAGAGGAAAAUGAAGAAGAAACAAGCCAAGCUCGAUUUGGAGUCCUCCAAGGAUCUGGUUAAACCCCAGAAGAAGAAACGUCGAUUUGAAGAGCCAAAACCAGAGGCAACCAACAAUGAGGAAUUACCCCCUAGCAACGAUCAAGAUUCAGAGCCCGUCAAGGAAAUGCCCGAGGAAAAGCCAGAUCAGACCACGCCCGCUCAUUCGCCCGCUGUCACGAGAUCUGGACGGACUCCCAAACCUGCACUUAUGACCAAAGGCCAAACUCUCAGGGCAGCCAAAACGCCAAUUCUCAAGACGCGCAAAGGAAAGAAAAAUGAAAAUGAUUCGCCCCCUAAGGACCAAGGACAGUCAAAGGCAAGUCCCAAGGCUGAUCAGGCGCCAAAAAGUGGGAAAGGCCGUGUAUCAGAGGUGAAAGAGACCGGAAGUCCCGUUAUAAGCGCACAGGUCAAGAAAGGCCAAACUCCCAAGGCCGGCAAGAUGACGAAAGGAUCGGUUCAAGAUCGUACCCCCAAGGCCAAAGUUGGUCAAUCUCCCAAGAUGAAUAGUGUUCCAACUCCAAAGGUUGGAAAAGGCAAAGAAGGUGCGAGUCCCAACGAGAAGUCCCCUCAAACUCCCAAGGGUCGUAAGGGUGGCCAGAGCCCGAAAGUGAUUGCUACGCCCAAGAUCAAGAAGACCCCCUUGAAAGCCAGAUCCGCGCAGAAGAAAAGUCCUAAAUCCGGCAAAAAGGGCAAGAAAUGAUCACUUAUGCAGAAUAUCAUCAAUAUCUUCAUUUCAUUUGAUGCUAAAUAAAUACGGAUCAAGGUUAUGGAAGAAAAAGAAAGUUGUCUUCAUUCAAUUAAGCCUUCAUGCUCAAUAUUGUUUUCCAGA